UGUGUGCGUGUGUGUGUUUGUGUGUGUGUGUGUGUGUGUGUGUGUGUGUGUGUUCUAUGUAUGUAUGUAUGUAUGUAUGUAUGUAUGUAUGUAUGUAUGUAUGUAUGUAUGUAUGUAUGUAUGUAUGUAUGUAUGUAUGUAUGUAUGUAUGUAUGUAUGUAUGUAUGUAUGUAUGUAUGUAUGUAUGUAUGUAUGUAUGUAUGUAUGUAUGUAUGUAUGUAUGUAUGUAUGUAUGUAUGUAUG